AUGUUCUCUUCCAAAAUCACUUCCACCCUGGCCGUGCUCGCCACCCUCCUGGCCGGCACCACCGCCUCUCCGGUCACCACUAGCUCCGGUGGUGAAAUCGACACCCGUGCGGCCCUCACCAACGGCCGCUUCACCUACUACAACCCGGGCCUCGGUGCCUGCGGCACCAACCACGGCGACGGCGACCUAGCCGUCGCUCUCAGCCACGCCGACUUUGACCCGUCUACCCCCAACGGCAACCCAAACAACAACCCUCUGUGCGGCCGCCGCCUGCGUGCUUCUUUCUCCGGCCGCAAUGUCGAUGUCACCGUCAUCGACCGCUGUGUCGCCUGCAACUCGGGCGAUUUGGACUUGAGCCCGGCUGCGUUCCAGGCGCUGGCUGAUCUUUCUGUGGGGGUUAUCCAGGGCAGUUGGACUUGGCUCUAA